AUGGACCGUGAAGGUUCCGAUGUUGUGAUUGCUGUGAUGGGUGCUACUGGAGCUGGGAAAAGCUCUUACAUCAAAAGGGUGACUGGUCGCAGAGACAUCUUGAUCGGCCACUCACUCGCUUGUGCUACCGAAGAAGUCCAGUCAUAUAGAUUCCAUUACCGAGGCAUCAAUUUUGUUCUUGUCGACACCCCAGGAUUCGAUGACAACAGAGACAGCGACGAGAUCAUACUCAGCAAGAUACUUAUGUGGCUCGGAGCCUCGUUCCGAAAAGGUACAAGGCUUAGUGGAAUUUUAUACCUUCAUCGUAUCAUCGAUCCAAGAAUGCAGGGCUCAGCUCUUUCAAACAUGCGCAUGUUCCGAAGGCUUUGUGGUCCAGCGUUUUAUGAGAAUGUGGUCCUAGCCACGACAUUCUGGUGCAGCAUCAAUCCUGCACUGGGCGCGCAACGGGAGAAGGAGCUUCGCGAUAACAAUGAAUUCUGGGGCCAACUAGUGGAGAGGGGAUCCCAGCUGGUACGUCUCGACGAGGACGAAGAGUCUUCUAGGAGAUUACUUCUGUCUCUCGCUCGGAAGAACAGGUCGGUCCUUGAAGCGCAAAAGCAGAUGCAAGCAGGCAGGUCAGUCGGAGAUAUUGCGGCAUCUCACCGAGUAGUCGCAGAGUAUGAGACGGAGUUCGACCAGGAGAUUGAAAGGGAGUAUAAUCGACGAUCAGCGGAAAUCCUUCGAAGAGAAAAUGAGAUAAGAGAGCAGCUUAGACAGCAGAGCCGGGAGGCCGAAAAGAAACGCAGUGAAGCCGCUCGGAAAGUUCAAGAUGAGGAGGAGCGUCAAGAUAAGCGGCAUCAGGCCAGGAUAGAACAGCAGAAGAGAGAAGUGGAGCGCCAGGAGCGGGAGCUGGAGGAAUUACGUUGGGCUCGAAAACAGGAAAAGUUAUACACUUUACAUGAGGACCCUGGAUGUCGAGAGCCGCCUCAAGGGAAUGUCGACAGCCAUCGUUGCAAAUUGCGAAACGUUGAGAAGCGUCGUUGUGACGGGUGUGGUUGCCGCCUCCAUAGUCUGUAUACCAACUACACAGACUACUACCGUACGGCCAAUGUCAAAGUUUACACCUUUCGCGAUGACCGUGGUCAUCCUGGAUAUCUCAUUGAUACCCCGGGAUUUGAUGACACUACCCGCUCGGACUCUGAAGUAUUGAUAGACAUAGCAUUUUGUUUCAACAAGCUCUACAGUAGGGGCAUUUUACUCAACGGCCUGAUUUACCUGCACAGAAUAACGGACGUGAGGAUGCAAGGGUCAGCCAUGAAGAAUUUGACACUUUUUAAGAAACUAUGUGGAAGGCAUGCAUUUUCGAAUGUCAUGUUGGUAACAACGAUGUGGGAUGCUCUCCCACCAGGUCGAACAGGAGAUGAUAUUGGGAACGAAAGAUUAGAUGCCCUUGCCAACGAUGAUAAAUACUGGGGUGAAAUGGAAAGGAACGGAAGCACACUCGCCCGGCACAUGGGUAACCCAAAGUCGGCCAGAGUGAUUGUGAAUCAUUUGAUCGAUAAGAAGACCAAGGUUGCCCUUGACAUCCAACAGCAGAUGGUGGAUCACCAUCUUGAUCUGAACGAGACGGUGGCCGGCGCUUAUCUGCAACAAAGCCUUGUAGAAUCUUGCAAGAAGUAUGAGAAUGAGUUAGACGAGGUGCAGCGGAGCGCAGACCUUGCGCAGGAGGAGCGUGAUAUGGAAACAGUCGAAAUGCUUCGCGUGGAGGAAGAUCGCUACCGGACGAAGAUGAAGAGUGCAAGCGGCGAUCUGAGGAAGCUUCGAAUCAGCCAUCAGGCUCUUGAGAAAGGGAAGCCCGAGAAGUAUAGACGAUUGAUCAAGGCAAUAGAGCACGAACGGGCGCUACGUGCGGCAGAAAAACAUGAGUUUCAGCAGCGGAUAGCGGAUGUCCAGGCACGUGUGCGAAGAAGAGACCGAGAAAUCUGUCACCUCACGGAGGAGACUCAUCACCUGGCAUAUAACCUUCGUGGAAAGGACCAGGAGCUGGAUGUGAUGAGGAGUCAGUUGAGAUCGAGAUCAUACGCUGACCGAAAAGAGAUUCACUCAGAGGAAGAAGGACCUAGGAUUCGCACCGACAGCAUUAGGCGCAGUUCUGUUGCAUCUGACCAUGUAGAUCCCUCCAACCCAGCCUCACCUCAUCGUUUUCCGAUGCCUCUUACACGUACAAUGUCCAGCAUAUGA